AUGGUGGACUUGAAUGCAUUGAGGGAAGCCAUGGGGAUGAUGCAGCAUCACGAUGCCAUUACAGGAACUGAAAAACAGCAUGUGGCUAAUGAUUAUGCCAGGCAAUUGCAACGAGGCAUGAAUGAAUGUGAGAUAAUCACCAAUGCAGCAAUAAGCAAACUGCUUGAGGUUAAUAUUGAACUUAAGACGUGUCCUCUGUUAAAUGUUAGCCAAUGCACAACAACAACUACAAACGAUAGUUUUGUUGUAACCAUUUAUAAUCCGCUUAGUAGGCCUGUGGACAAAGUAGUCCGAUUACCUGUCAAAGAAGACUCGUAUUCGGUCAAUGAUUUGCAAGGGACUGAAUACAAAACCCAAAUAAUUCCAAUUCUUGAUUUUAUCAAAAACAUUCCUGGAAGAAGUAGUCAAGUAAAGAACGAGCUGAUUUUUAUUGCAAGGGGCAUUCCAGCAUUAGGCUGGAAAUCUUAUAGAGUAUUGGUUUAUAGAAAAACUAAUAAGAACAUUAUUACAUCUAAAAAAGGCAAUAAAUACAGUGUUAAGGACACUGCCUUUAUUAUAGACCCAAAUACGGGCCUUAUAAAUAGCCUCACAAUCAAAAACGUAUCAAUAGACCUUAGCCAAAACUUCUUCUAUUACAAUGGCUUUGUUGGUGACAACAGUAAAUUCGAAAGUCGUUCUUCUGGGGCCUACGUCUUCAGGCCUGAUGGCCCUCUACAAAAAAUAACAAAUAAAAAAGUGGACUAUAAAGUAUACGAAGGAGAACUUGUAGCAGAAAUCCAUCAAACUUUGAACGAAUACAUUGGCAGGAAAUUAUACUACCCAGUGACAACGCAAAUUUCCAUCAAAGACACUGAAAACGAAUUGGCCGUUUUGGUUGACAUAGCUCAAGGAGAUACCAGCCUUAAGGAUAGGAAUAUUGAACUGAUGGUUCAUAGAAAUUGCCUGCACGAUGACGCUUUUGGUGUUGGAGAGGCUUUGAACGAGACCGCUUUCGGACUUGGAUUGGUUGUAAGAGGUUCUCAUUACAUUACUGUGGGUAAUCAAUUAGCAGCAUUAACAAAAGAUAUUGUUCAAAGAAGGUUGCUGGAUACUUGGACUUUUGUAGUUCCUGUUGAUGAAAAAGUCAAGCAUAAUAUGGAGGACCUUUUUACAUGGUGUGAAAUAAUUUCAGCUCAAGAAACCACUUUAGGAGGCAACCAAUGGCUCAAAGACAGCCACAGGUUGCAUUUCGAAACAAAUAGAUGA